AUAAAAUAUAAGAAGGCUAUUUUACAAAAUUGAAUAAAAAGGAAAAAAAAGAGCCUUGAAUUUUUAUUAUUAGAUCCAAUAGAAAUGAAAAUGUAAACUUGCUACAAAGUUUUCUAAAACUAUCUGCUUGAUAGCUACACUCGUCUCCCGAGGGUUUGUAAGAAGCACUUCAAGUUGAGUAGCACUGCUCUCCAUCAGCCAGAUGGAUGGUGGUAUGGUGUGAUUUCCAUUUUCUCCUAUCUGGAGUUUUCUGUAUCUUAAAUAUUCAUCCAGUGGCAAAAAUGAUUGAUUCAUAUUUUAUAUGAAUCUGUUUUAUAUGAAUCUGUUUUACAUCUGUUUGGUGACUCUUUUGAUAGACUAUGUAGGUUAAAUUCACUUUAUUCUAUCAGUUUCAUAGUAGCCAGCUCAGCCACUCUUACGUUAUUAAUAUUUCUGUUAUACUGGCUAUUAUAUACUUAAGAUAUCUACAAUAGCACCAUGAAGACAUUCUAUGUGGAUGAAUUUGUUACAUAAGAUGGAAAAAUAUGUGAGGUGUAUGUACCCGUGUGUAUCUUACCAAGGAGUAUUCAUAGAGAGGUCUUGGCACCAUUCCCCUUUACUUACUUUUCCUGUUUUUUCUGAUGUCCACUCACCCACUCAUUCUUGGAGGAAACAUUGCACUUUGUUGUUGUGGGGGAUCCUCAGUUGCCAGUUUGCACCUGUUCUCCAAGUUGGGUCCUAUUGAUUGCUCAGCUCAUGGCUCCUUGGGAUUUAUCUAGAUUCCAAAGAAUUUAGCUCUUGACUUUGAAUCAUAAUACUUAGGCCUUACAAAGUUCCUCCUCCUCAACAGAACUAUGCAUGUGCAGCUCUGCACUGAACUGUUGCACUGAUGGUAGAGAUCUCUUAUUCAUUGUGGAGUGCUAACUAUCUGGGAUAACAAGAUGAAAUGGAUCUGGAUCCUGUACCCAGGCACUUAGAAUUUGGAAGGAUAUAGACAUAGGAAAAAAUUGUUAAAGCCUGCUAUGAUAGUAGUCUUUAUGAGGUAUUGUGAAAAUAGAAAAGGUAACAAAUAAUUAAUUUUGAAGAGAAGUCAAGAAAAACUUUAUCAAAAUGUGACAAUGGACCUGAAGCAAGAAUAUUCAGUGGUGCAGGAUGCAAGUGUCCUGUUGUGUCAGGGAAGAGUGAGGUUAUGUGCACCACAUCCUAGGGUAGAUGGAAUCUUCAGUGUGUACCUGUGAGUGUGUAAAUGUGUACUGUAUAAAUGUGAGGAUAUUUAGGCUUUGGAGCUGCAUAUUCAGGCUCCCAGUUUAGUGAUGAUUCCUGGCCUGAUGCUGUGUUUAGAUUCCUCUAGCAACAACCAAAAGGUGGUAUUUACUUGUAAGUCUAAACUGGAGCCAGCACAGAAUCUCUUUAAUAUUUCCAUGGAAAAAUUGUAACAAACAUUCAUGCUCAAUGAAUGGGAAAUUAAGAUUUGUAGAUGCUUGCUAAAUUUUGGAAGAGUUAUGAAGAUCUUUGGAGUAGUGAGAAAUGUUCAUAUUUCAGAAACAUACCAGAAAUUAUGACGUUAAUUUCAGACCUAAUUUAUUUGCAUUAGUGUAAUAAAAAUUUUCAUCCAGUUAGCUCAUGUAGAAACAUUUUCUAUGCACACACACAAUUAUGAGGAAUAGUAUUCUAUUUCCAUGUAGUAACUGUCUUUUGAAACAUUUUUUGCAUAUACUUUUAACUUUAAUGUUAAUUUAAAUAUUUUAAAGCCUGUUAUCACUUCUCAGAAGUGAGAACUUAACGUAUUACUUUGAGCCAUAAGGAUUUAAUUUAAUACCCUCCAGUUGAGGAGUCAGAUAGAAAGGAGGAUUGCUUAUCCUCUGUCAAACUGGCACAGGGGUUGUGGUUGGGGCAGAUGAGUAAGACAGAGAGCAACGGGGGCUAGGGGUUUAGCUCAGCGGCAUAAGCGCCUGCCUUGAAAGCAGGCAGUUGUGAGUUCGAUCCCCGGUACCUAUAGAAAGGAAAAAGACAAAAAAAAAAAAAAAAAAAAAAAGACAGAGAGCAGCAUUAUGGGAAGGGUAAGUAGUUGCCAGUCUGCAGCUAUGAAUUUUAUUUAUAGACCUUAACAUACAGCAUUAUAAAGAGUGAUGGAGUACAUAAAUAGGAGAUGUGCCUCUGAUUUGUGUUCUAGAAGAAUCAAUCUGGUGGCACUGAGUGUAUGGAACAACUAGAGGUGAAAUGGGAGCCUGAGGGACUGAUUAAGGGAUUCCAGGAACAUGGACACAAUGGAGAUGUGCAAGGAACUCUCCGUGUAGUUACUACUUUUAUUCAUUUAGCAGAUAGACCCACCAGUCACUAGGCAAGGAAUGUAAAAGGGAACAACACAGACAUGGAUCUUGUCCUCAAUGAGUAGCAAGUGAUGCCUGGGACAGCCUGCAGCUCUCAGAUUAGGUGACUAGAAGCAAGCUGAUACGCUCAUCAUGCUCAGUUACAGUAAAUAGAAGAGGAGAAAGAGAUUGUACAUGGAGUUGAGGAGUGGCUCCUCAGAGGGGCAGUGACAUUCAGUUUUGGAUAAAUGAACUAAACUGGUUGGGAAGUAAUAGAGACUUUGGUGUUGAGAGACAUAGGUAGUGCUUCCUAGACCUCCAUGUGCAUUGGACUUCCCUAAUGUCUUGUUCAGUUCAGCUCUGAGACAUAAUACUUGACACCCCCAUUUUAAAGGGAGAGAGGUUUAUUUGGGUGCAUGUUUUCAGUCCAUGAAUGGCUUUAAAGCAGAAAGAGCAUGGUGGAAAGGAACUGUUCUCUUCUUGGUUCUCAGGAAGCAGAGAACAAAGAUAGGAGCUGGCAAGGAAGAUACACCUUUGCAGGUGACACCCCUGUGACCUGCCGCUAACCAGCGCCCCCAUAUACAUAUACAGCCAGUCACUGCCACAACUGAAUCACCUUCCCAAAGCCCUGCCUGUGAACAUCGGAGAGUUUUGAGGGUCAUUCUUGAUCUAAACUGUAGCACUUGCUAAUGUUGUUAAAAUACGGAUUCUUGUGCAAAAGGUCUGAAUGGAUACUGAGAGUCUGUGUCUGAGAAGCUCAAGGUGAUGCUGAUGUUGCUGGAUCAUGAACCACACUCUGGUGAACUUGUAAAAAGCGAGUUAAAGAUACCUACAGUGCACACAUAUGCACAUGCAUGCACGCACACAUGUAUACACACACUCACUGCUGCUACAUACACCAAACUUUAGGAGAAAAUUAUAGCAAAUUUCUUCAGGAACAGUGCUGUUUGUAGAUCAAGGAAUGCCUGGAUAUGUGUGCCUACACAUUCAUUUAUAAUAAAAUUGCUUUUUGCAGAAAGUCUGUAAUCUCACUCAUCUUGAAAAUAAUUGGUGAUGUCAAGCUGGAAUGAAUAUGUUUUGUUGACUUUACUUAUGGUUGUCAAAGGGGAACAAUGAACUCAUCUUUACAGAUAACCAUAUCCAAACCCCACUUUAUUUUUGUGUUGACUUUUCAACUCUAAUCCAUAAAAAAAGAAAGAAAAAACCAAAAUGUCCAGCUAACAUUUUUAAGAAAUGUGUUUUUUGGGAGGAAAAUGAUGUGGAAUAUUUUUUGCCUCCAGGGAAGAAGAUAGCAAAUGUCAUUUGUGAAAUAAAUAUAUAUAAUUGCAUGUCAUAUUUUGAGCCUGUACUGAGAAGCAGAUGUUUUGGUGUUUGCUUGUGAGUUGCCUCACUACCAAAAGCAGUUGAGAAAGAAUCCUUAGCUUCUUUUUCUCUGCCUAUUAGAUAAGAAAUGAAAAGGAUAGAAGUAACAAAAAGGACUUUUCUGAGAUACAGAUAAGCGGAGAGGAGGAUUCUUUCUAAUAAUUUCUGUGUAUUCAAAUGCGACUGAGGUUUUUUUUUAAGUAGGCAUUUGGCUUAAAGCUAUCUUUUUUAUAAGUAACUCUCUUUGCUAUAACUGGUGAGCAUUCUUAUCGUUCUGAGCAUUGUCCAAAUACAUUCUUAGGAACUGGAGCAUAUACUGGCCUCUUAAUAAUUGGAAUAUUUUUCUGAUUGGGACUGUAUUCUUUUUAGUGUGUCUGCUGGAAUGACAUGGUCUGUGAAAAUAUUCUAGGCAUAAGACUUUCCAUUUCUAAAUUGGUCUUGUAGAUUUAUUUUCUUUUAUACUUGUUCAUUGACUACUCUCAUUUAACAAAAAAAUGAAAGAAAGAAAGAAAUCAAUUGCAUGAGGAAGAUAGAGAUGUUUCAGUUUGACUAAUAGACCAAAACCUCAUUAGGGAGAAAACAGUUGUAUAAUGAAAGGUGCUUAACAUCAGAAGACCUGGAUUAAAGUCCUGGCUCAGCUCCUGACCAGCUUAGUAACCAUCGCAAGGCCUCUCUCUGCUCGGCUGGGAGUACAGAGAAGGUGAAGUGCAUUUAUAAUGGAGUAAUAUGUGCCAGGCGAAAACGUUUUCAUGCGGACAGCACUGCCAGAGAAAGUGCUUCAAGUAGAAAAAUGGGGAGCAUUUAAGAAUUUGUCCUCAGGAAUAUACAUGCUGUACCACAGAGAUGGAAGACAAGUUAAGCCAGCAAAGCAAACUGGAGUUCGAAAACCUUGUGGAAGAGACAAGCCAUUUUGUACGAACUACUUUUGUGUCGCGGCACAAGAAAUUUGAUGAAUUUUUCCGCGAGCUGCUGGAGAAUGCUGAGAAGUCCCUAAAUGACAUGUUUGUCCGGACCUAUGGGAUGCUGUAUAUGCAGAAUUCGGAAGUGUUCCAGGACCUCUUCACAGAGCUGAAGAGAUACUACACUGGGGGCAACGUAAACCUGGAGGAGAUGCUCAAUGAUUUCUGGGCUCGGCUCCUGGAACGGAUGUUCCAGCUGAUAAACCCUCAGUAUCACUUCAGUGAGGACUACCUGGAAUGUGUGAGCAAAUACACAGACCAGCUGAAGCCCUUUGGAGAUGUGCCCCGGAAGCUGAAGAUUCAGGUCACUCGCGCCUUCAUUGCUGCCCGCACCUUCGUCCAGGGCCUCACCGUGGGCAGAGAAGUGGCGAACCGAGUUUCUAAGGUGAGCCCUACCCCUGGGUGUAUCCGCGCUCUCAUGAAGAUGCUGUACUGCCCGUACUGUCGGGGACUGCCCACUGUGAGACCCUGCAACAACUACUGCCUCAAUGUCAUGAAGGGCUGCUUGGCCAACCAGGCGGAUCUGGACACCGAGUGGAACCUUUUUAUAGAUGCAAUGCUCUUGGUGGCAGAGCGACUGGAAGGGCCUUUCAACAUUGAGUCGGUCAUGGACCCCAUAGAUGUCAAGAUUUCUGAAGCCAUUAUGAACAUGCAGGAAAACAGCAUGCAGGUGUCUGCAAAGGUCUUCCAGGGAUGUGGCCAACCCAAACCUGCCCCGGGUCUCAGAUCUGCCCGCUCAGCUCCUGAGAAUUUUAACACACGGUUUAGACCCUAUAAUCCUGAGGAGCGACCCACAACGGCUGCAGGCACAAGCUUGGACCGGCUGAGGACUGUGUGGAGGACAAUGCAGCAUAGUGUCACAGACAUAAAAGAGAAACUGAAGCUCUCUAAAAAGGUCUGGUCGGCGCUGCCCUACACCAUCUGCAAAGAUGAGAGUGUGACGGCGGGCACAUCCAAUGAAGAGGAAUGCUGGAAUGGGCACAGCAAAGCCAGAUACCUACCUGAGAUCAUGAAUGACGGGCUGACCAACCAAAUCAACAACCCCGAGGUGGAUGUGGACAUCACUCGGCCUGACACGUUCAUCAGACAGCAGAUCAUGGCUCUCCGCGUGAUGACCAACAAAUUGAAGAAUGCAUACAAUGGCAAUGAUGUCAACUUCCAAGACACAAGCGAUGAAUCUAGCGGCUCAGGAAGCGGCAGCGGAUGCAUGGAUGAUGUGUGUCCCACAGAGUUCGAGUUUGUCACCACAGAGGCCCCUGCAGCUGACCCUGACAGGAGGGAAGAGGACUCUUCUGCAGCCCAGCUCGGCUACUCACUGCUCUCCUGGUCUAUGGUCUGUGUGGUCCUGGCAUUGCAGAGACUGUGCAGAUAAUCCUAGGCUUUGGUCGGAUGAAACUGCAUUUUAGCUGUCUGAGUGGCCAGCUCCCUUCUUUUCUUAUACUCUCGGACAAUGGACCAUGCCACAAAAACUUACCGUUUUCUAUGAGAAGAGAGCAGUCCUGCGAUCUGCCUCCCUUUUUGUUUUCCCAAAGAGUACCGGGUGCCAGAUGAACUGCUUCCUCUUUCCUUCAGCUAUGUGUGGGGACCUCGUUUAUUCCAGAGAGAAUUCUUACUCAAAUCUUUCGUACCAGGAAAUUUUCUUACCUUCAUUUGCUUUUAUGCUGCAGAAGUAAAAGAAUCUCACGUUGUGAGUUUUUUUUUUUCUUUCCCUCAUAAAACAAGUUAGGAAGAAAAUAAUUUUCCUUUUAAAAUCAGGCCAAACCCCAAGACAACCACAUUUUCAACAAAGAAGCAACGAGAGAAAAAUAAAGAACUUUAAUGCUAUAGGUUCUACACUGACAGCCAACUCCCAGGGUAAGCUUUUCAGUGACAAAUCAGGUUAUAAAACUGCUUCUGGGGAGAAAGCUUAAAAUUUUUUAAAAUGUAGUGAAAAUACACUGUUGUCUUGGAGGUACCGUCUUGCACUCUAAUCAUAUAAUAUCAAAUUGAUUUGGAGGUACUGAUCCUAAAUUUAGAAUUCCAUCCUGAAUAUGAAAGCAAAACUAACUAUAACUCAGCACCUCUCUGUCAUCCUGCCCAAUUUCAACUUCAGUAAUGGCACCAUUUUUUGACACCCCCCUCCCCAGUGUCUGCCCAUUGUAGCUAAUUGGCACAGAUUUUCUUCCUUCUUAGUUAUUAAUGGAUGCCCCGUAAAUUCAUCCUCCUCCCAGGUCUGGAAAAUCAUCUUCAAUGAUACAGUCUCUCCCUUUGCCACAGGUUUGACAUGAAUUCAGUGAUUCUGCCCCUGUGUUCAUUACCCUCCCCCAAAUGACUUUUUUUGCUGAAUUGUUAAACAAUGAGAUCCAUAGUUGAGCUUUGAUUUUUAACUAUUUGCUUUGUGUCAAUUGGUUUCUCCAUCACAAGGGCAUUCUCUUACAAAAUAACUCACAACAACAAAAAGUCAAGACAAAAAAAAAAACUAUAUAUAGUAUGGACAUAGAGAUUUCUUUCACUUUUUUAGUCUUAGUAUGAUCAUCUAUUUUUAUAUCUAUAUAUAUAAAUCACAGAUUUUAACUUCUUAAUUCCAAGCUCAGGGUUGACACACCUUUGUAACAAAAAUGUUUUGUCAACCAGCUCUUCUUGUUUUGUGCUGCUCAGAGAAGAGAUUCCUCAAUGACCUGUGAGCACCAAGAAUCAAGAAAGAACUUUUUACGUAUCUAACUGUCCAUCUAUUAAAAGUUUACAAGGGCACAUCCUUUUCGCAUGAGCAUGCUUUGUCCCUGGUACUCUACCUGGGCUGAGCUCAUGGGACCAGCCAUGGGUGUGCAGGAUUUUACUGGUGAGGGAAACCGUGUUGUAUAAAGAAUGUUAUUCAUGCAACACCAUUGCUUUUACGUACAACACCUCUGGCCUAGGAUUCCUGUUUGGCACUUGGAUACAUGAGACCAACUCAAGAGGCCAAUUUACAGCCACAGCCUAACAUAUCCACCAAGUAUGCCAAAGCCAGACCCAAUGCUCCCCCGGCAGAGAGAAGCAAAAUAAACCAAACCAGGGCUUUGUGAAUACAGUUGGUACCCAUGUGUUCCUUGCUUUUUUGUGAUGCAUCCAGAGUAGGGAAAAGUAAUGUGUCAAGACACCGUAGUAUGCCAGUCACAUUGUAACUAAACUCACUGACAGUAUUGACACGUAAAUGGUAUUUUUUGAUCUCUGUUCUCAUCAAAAUUAAAAUUAGUUAUUGAUUUAGUCAGCACAUUUAAGUAGAACACACGCGGCACAAUAGUAUUAAGUAUAUUCGAGCACUUUUGCAAAACGAAGUAUUUACAAGCAUCUGUUGCCACUUUAUGCCUAAGGAAAUAAAAAGUGUAGGAUUCUGAGAGACUUUGUGGCAUCUUUCAUUUAAACCUUUGUGAAAUUAACACUUCAGCCAAUUCAACAUUACACGCUUCUAGAAAACCAUCCAUCCCAUGCCAACCUUCGGCUUCCUGUCACCAGUUACGUAUAACACAUCUCUAUGAAGGACAAGUCAUUUAUGUUGCUCAUUUCAUCCUAAGUUCAAAAAUCAGUAUUGUUUUUCUCCAAUCAUUAAGGUGCAAUACAAAUUAAAUCAACCUUGAUUUUCCAGAAUAUCUUGCUUAUAUGGCUUUAAAUUCCAAGUUUUUCUUUUUUAAAUAUUUCUGUACUGUCUUCACUGAAAUAGAUCAGGAUGUCUUGUUUUUCCUGUGCUGUCACCCCAAAAUGGUUUUGUGCAUGUGUAUGAAAACACAUUAUAUUAAUGAAUGUGAACCCAUGUUCUAUAUGCACUAACCACAGAUAAUAUAUAAACGCCUGCUUCAUUUGUUUCCACACCUUCACUAUCAGUAAUAUUCCCACUGAUGAGAUAUAGCGAUGCAUAUGAGCUGGGCAGAGAGUUGGAAUGAGUCUUGGUUGAUGAUGCCACAAUAUUAGUCACCCUGCAUGGAUGUGGUCGCAAUAUUAUUCAACUGCACUUCCUGGUUUUUAUCAUCAUCUUAAUAAGGUCAUAUGAUUCUUGGAUCAAUUUAACAUAGAAUUUUUUUCUGCCCUUAGAGGAUUUAGUUUCAUCUAGUUAGCCCUUUCCAGUAAGUGUUUUGGAAUCCCUCUCCCAAAUUAAUUUUUCUCACUUCAGCAUAGGGACAGGGAAUUCAAUGAUGCUCCAUUUUCUGUUAAGACCUGCUUUCAUUAGUUCUGAACUCCCCUAAAUUCUGUAACCACACCAUACCUUCUGUUAUGAGUAGAGAGGAAUGGGCUCACUGAAAUCGGACACCAGAAAUUGGUGGGUGGAUGCUCAUAACUGCAAACACUUAGCUUAUUGAAGUGCCUCUAUUUACAUGUUCUUUAGUUACAAUAUGUAUUUUUCUAACAGAAAUACACGUCUGUGAUUGAUGUAUAUUAUACUUUGUAUAUGUUACAACAAAAGACAAACAGAGGCUAAAGUCUUCAGCAGAGAAGGAUGAAUUGCAAAUUUACGAAGAACUCUGGUUCUGUACUGAAGGACAGCUUGACUACCUUCUGUCAUUUGAAUGAAGGUGAUGUUGGCACAUUGAUUGUACCCAUUAUGAAAUGUAAGCACUCCCUUACAGUGACUGACCCAGACAGGAUAAUUAAGUAUUAUCACUGGCUUCAAAUGUAAGGGAUUGAAAAUACUAUUUUGUCUACACUGAAAAACACUAUUAUUCACAGACAAGAAGUAAUAGUUUAAAAAGUAAUACUCUUUAAAUCAAACACAAUGAAAGUAUUAUUGGAUGCAGAACCCUGAUAAUUUAUAUUCCCUGCUGCAGACCUUAGCCUACUUUAAUUCUUUUGCCAUUACAUACACAUUUUUGGCUACAGACUGAACAUCAGCUAACAUCCCCCAAGGAGGAAUGAAACUUAGCAAAUUCCUGAGUUGUGAUUCUUUUAUGAUUUCUCUUUGCAAGGCUCAUGAGCAGGUGGUUUGAUCGAUGGUCAAAUGUUAGCAAAUACAAGUUUGGACUCACCUUAAACUUGCUAAAAUUCAAACUCCUCUUCAUUGACUAUAAUCGCUAAUAGACCUGAAUUUUAAUUAAAGAAACGAAAGCAGUAGCUUUGCCGACAGAAAAGUAAAGGAGACCAUAACUUGUACAUUUGCAGUGUGUUCCUCUUUGGGGGUGACAUUAGCCAGUGUUUAGUUUGAGGCCGACUUAUACAAACAGUGUUGAUUUGUACGCAUUCUGGAGACGCUCUAUCGCGGUUUGCUACAGCAGCCUCAGUGUAGCAUGGAAACAUUUGGAACUUCAUUCAAAGCUGAGUGGUUACUGGAGUCGCUGGCUUGGCCUUGUAAUGAGGCACUUCCAUGAGAGAAACCUGAAGAUGGCAUCUUAGUGAGGUCUCUGUGUGCAUAUCCAUAUGUGCAGGAUCAAUGUGUGCACCAAUCAAACCUAAAAUUUUAUGUGACUGUCAAACAACUAUUAUUUGGGUUAAGAUUUUUCAUUUCUGAUUUGGAUAGAAAAUUGCUAUUAAUCUUGUAUUAAAAUAGUUUUUAAAAAUCUA